UCGGGUCCCCGGGCGCUGGUUGGGGGCGCUCCCGUCCCUCUCCCCGCCGGCCCCACCCCCGCCGAUGGGCCGGCCCGGCUCUCCCUGCCGAGAGAUGGGCCGGCCCGGCGGCGAGCGGACAGCGGUGGCGGCGGCGGCAGCCCAAGAUGGCGGAGCUGCAGCUGGACCCGGCGACUGCGGGGCUGGGAGGGGGUAGUGGGGGCGGGCUGGGCGAGGGGGGCGGCCCGGGCCGCGGGCCCCCCAGCCCUCGCCCCUCCGGCCCCACGCCCCGCGGGCACUGCCGCCCGUCCGCCGCCGCCGCGCAGCCUUUAGAACCGGGUCCCGGACCGCCCGAGCGGGCAGGGGGCGGUGGCGCGGCCCGCUGGGUCCGGCUGAACGUGGGCGGCACCUACUUCGUGACCACCAGACAGACCCUGGGCCGGGAGCCCAAGUCUUUCCUCUGCCGCCUCUGCUGCCAGGAGGACCCGGAGCUGGACUCGGACAAGGAUGAGACCGGGGCCUAUCUGAUUGACAGGGACCCCACCUACUUUGGUCCUAUCCUUAACUACCUCCGCCAUGGAAAGCUCAUCAUUACCAAGGAGUUGGCAGAAGAAGGUGUGCUGGAAGAAGCGGAGUUUUACAACAUUGCAUCUCUUGUGCGACUGGUUAAGGAAAGGAUACGGGACAAUGAGAACAGAACCUCACAAGGCCCCGUGAAGCAUGUAUACAGAGUCCUGCAGUGCCAAGAAGAGGAGCUUACACAGAUGGUCUCCACUAUGUCUGAUGGUUGGAAAUUUGAACAGCUAAUCAGCAUUGGAUCUUCCUACAACUAUGGAAGUGAGGAUCAGGCAGAAUUCCUCUGUGUUGUUUCCAGGGAACUAAAUAAUUCUACCAAUGGCAUUGUCAUAGAGCCGAGUGAAAAGGCAAAGAUUCUUCAGGAGAGAGGAUCUCGGAUGUAAACUCCAGAAGCCUAAACGUCAGGAGAGCAACGCGGCAGAACACCUCUGUGCAGUUAAAUCUUGCUCUUGUAUAGUAACCAAGCUACUGCAAAGCAAAGCUGAGCCUGGCCCCCCAGUGAAGAAGUGUUCUUGUCGAAACCAAAGCAGCCCCCACCCCACCUCCACAGGAACCUGAAGACCCAUGUGGCCUCCAGCUGCCACAGUACCUUUUCGGAAACACCUGCUUUUGUUUCCUUAGCCGGUGUUACAGCAGAUCUUCACAGCAGCAGCUGGGCUAGGUUCCCAGACGGAGCUCCUCUGGGGGCCUGGGGAGGAGAGGAGGAGGGCCCGGCUCCUUGUCCGCGCCUGUACUUCAAGGAGGCUGCAGCGAAUGGAAGAGGGUUGUCUCAGAGCCGUGCCAUGUUUUCACCUGAAUGUGCCACGUUGGGUGUUGGCAGAUGCUUUGUGACACUGUCUUUCCCCUCCCUCUGCCCCCCAGACUAACGCGGCAGAUGCAGAGGAGAGCUUCAGUUUGUCGAAUCGGAUAAAGGAUAGAGUUGCCAGUGUACCCCACACUCCUGUGCAUAGCGCCUCUUUGGGGAAGGGGAGGAUGGCGUGUCUUGGGUUGUGGUUGGAAGUCGGGGAUCACUGCUCUCGAUUCGGGCCCUCCGCUGCUACCACGUUCAGCUUUGCCUCGUUUUCUCCAGCAGCCUGGACCCUCCAGAUAGCUUGCUUUCUCCUCAAGAAAAGGCUUGAGGCAGGCAGCAUUCCGCACUCAUCUCCUAGACAGAGGGGGCUUUAGGCAGUCGGUGUAACUGCUUCUGCAGCCUUUCCUUACCCUCCAGUGGCCCAUCUUCCUUCCCUGACUUUUUAAACUUAGGGUAAAGGGGCUUGGGACUCUCCGAUGGCUUGGGGUGGGGUGGCUGUUUCUCUAAUAGAUGCCAGAUGUAUUGUGUUGUAGUAUCCAAAUGUGUUAUUUCUGUGAUAGUCUCUUGGAAAUGCCUUGACUGAACAUGUGAUUAUUCGUCUCUUGGGUUCUAACCUUGGGAAGCCAGCCCUCCGCCAUGUUGGUGACCCCACACCACCCCUAGCAGUGUGUAGGUGUUUGCUGGGCAGUCUGAGGAGUCCCUCCUGUCUCUGACCCUUCCCCUCCCCAUCACUUCUUUCUGUGGAGUGCCAUGUUGUCAAGGGUCAAAGGCUCAUUUGACCAGGAGGAGCAAAGCCUUUGGACUGAGCCACACAGCUUGAAUCAGGACCUCUCUGAGCUACUGAGUCUUAAUGAGCAGUCAUUAAAUCAAAGGGGCCAGAGAAUCAUAUUUCUCCCUAGAUAAUUCCCCUAGUGUGGCCAAUGGUCCAGAGAAGGGGAAGGUGCCUCUGGGAAAUGUGCCAUCCAUAAAAGCCACCCCAAGCCAGCCGCUCCUGGGCCCCCUCUGCUCUGCAGCUCAGCCGCGUACUUGGUGGGUCUGGGGUCACGGUUUUGAGAGAUGACUACAGACUGUGCCAAAUGUCGUCUGAGCAGGGACCUGCCCGUGCCCAGAUGGCAUGGCUCCUCCCCAGGAGUCUCACUUUGAUCUUACAUCUCUGUGUGUAGAGUAGAAUAGAAAUGUGGGUACAGAGGUGUCUGCUGAUAAUGUGUGUGUUUACACACCAAUGUGAGCAUGUGUGUUGGCACUUCAGAAGCCAGACCUGUGCCCAGCAUUUUUACUGAUCUCAAAUGUUAAUGGAAAUUGUACCUAUAAGAAAAACAGUCACCUUUUCAAAAAGGCCACAGGCAUCCAUCCUGUCAUCUUUCAGGAAAAAAAAAAGUCUUGAGUGUCUCAAGGAAAAGCUGCUCUGACCAGAAUGGUUCAGAGGACUUUGGAAGAGUUGCUGUUCAGCCAGUUUGAAUAAGUAAUAUCAGAUCGAAAAGGAGGAAAAGCAGCUCCACUGGAUGCCUGCCUAAUCAGAUUUGUUUUCCUGGGCCAUGCCUGAUGACCGGCCUCUGGUCCUGAGCGAGGACGGCUGAGGGCAGACACGGGCAAGCCCCUCAGGAGGGCACUGUUACUUCCUUUCCAGAAUCCCACAGUGGCUCCUAUAGAAAGACCGCUGAGCCCCUUGCUAAGUGCUUUGAGAAACAGACAUGACAUUUCCUCUCUCCUAGAGGGUGGCUUUCACCAAGUUUCCCUUCUCACAGCAAUCCAGUGACAAUUUAAAUUGUUCUGAUGCUUUAGAAAUCUGAGAGUGAUUCAUUUCUUAAGGUUUCUGAAAAAGUGUUUUACCCAAGUACUUUAUGAACCAAGUUGGUGUGUUUUCUUGAAAGCCGCCUGCCCUGGGAGAGUCCCACUGAUAACUCAGGAGAAGCCUGGCCAUCAGUUUGGGAGUGUGACAUGACCCACACUCUCAUCAGCUGCCAAGUGCAGAGUGUCUCCUGCUUAAAUUUCUGCCCAGGGCCAAGGCCAUGGCCAAUGCAGGCCAGUCCUGGGGAGCAGCCUGGAGUCUCCUGAGUGAAGAUGCAGUAGCACAUUUCUGUCUUUUCCUCAAAACCUGCUCUUUUUCCUUAGCAGCGAGGUGGGCCCAGCCUCUGCUGGAGUGACUUCAUUUCCACAAUUUUAACUGAUCUCAGGGGUGUUGGUGAGAUGUAGGGGAGGAAAAGACAGAUACCGAGGGAAUAGCCGAUAGGACACCCACACCCCCCAGCAUGGCCUUUGAUCACAUGUUAGGGACCGUGCGUACCAUGUGGGUGCCCUUUGUUACCAUUUGUCUGUUUGAGUCAAGUCUGAAAUGUUGUGACUUUUUUUUUUUUGGUCAAUAAAGACAUGAAAUAAACUUCUGAA